AUGGCCUCUCUUAGUGUUUUGGAUUUGUUCAAUGUGAAGGGGCGAGUUGCAGUUGUAACAGGCGGGAGUAGUGGAAUCGGAUUGAUGAUCUCUACGGCUUUAGUACAGAAUGGAGCUAAAGUUUACCUGGUCUCACUACCAUGUGACCCUAUCGCGGAAGUAGUUCAGGAGCUGAACGUCUUGGGAAAGACGAAUGGUGGAUAUGCUGAAGGAAUUGCCUGUGAUCUCUCAUCAAAAGACUCUAUUAAAGAGCUCGGGGAGAGAGUCCAUCGACAAGAAAAAACAUUGGACAUGCUCAUUUCUAAUGCUGGAAUCCGUCGCGAUCCUCCAAAGUCCUGUGACGUACUUAGCGCAGGGAUCAAGGAGCUCCAAUAUUCAAUGUGGUCUAUCAGACAAGAAGACUGGGAGAACACAUUCCGGGUCAACACCACAGCUCACUACUACUUAAGUGUUGCUCUUCUUCCCCUGCUCGCCGCAGCCGCCGAUCAAUCAAUAAAUGAGGGAGUCAAGGGGCGGGAUGAAGGUCGGGGAGUGAUUGUGAUUACAAGUUCAUGCGCGAGCAUGCACAAUGUGACGAAUGUGGACCUUACAAGCUACGCGACGAGCAAAGCAGCCACCGAUCAUCUCGUCAAGUUGCUGGCAGCGAAAUACAAUCGCUUUUACGUGCGGGUGGUAGGGAUUAAUCCCGGAUUUGUCCCCAGCAACAUGAACCCUGUUGGCGCGGAAGGGAACAUAUUCAGCGCCUUAUUCGACAAAGUCCCGGCCAAAAGAGCCGGCUGCUCUGAGGAUAUUGCUGGUACAAUCUUGUAUUUAGUGAGCAAGGCAGGGUCAUACGUGGACGGUAUUUCUCUGUGUGUUGAUGGUGGACGUAUCUUGCUCGCAAACGGACAGGAGUGA